UACUUUAUCCCUUUUCUGUACAUGUGUUCAGGUAUUAAUAGCACACGAUUACUGGAUUACUUAGGUGGCAGUACAAGACAUUUACUCAGAGUUGCCGCUUCUAUAUAUUGAUAACGAUUUCCACCGUACUCUGAGACAGUUGGUUUCGUUGUGGUGUCUGACGUAUUCCCGUGCUGCAGUGUUUAUUUCUGUGCUCGUACUGAGGCUGAUUAUGUAUUAGUGAGGGUGGUGAGGUGGAGUGGGCGGUGGGUGUACGUACAACCGACGUGUCGUGGUGAGUGUCGAGACUCGCUGGCCGCAGCGGGUAGGUAGGGGGGGCGGGGCCGAGAGACAGGCAGUAUGGCGGUGGCCGCGGGAGAGUGGAGAAGUGCCGUUCCUCCGCUCUCACUGCUCAGAACGCUCCACAGCGUCGGCAGUGGUGGUGGUGCUGCGGGACGGGCUGUGAGUUAGCUUCAUGCCUCAAUCCCUGCCAGUGAUACAACACGGCCUCUGCAGAUAAGAUGCACGUGUCCUGUUGGACACCGGGAGCCGAAGUGUAAAUUUUAGAAAUACACAACAAAAAAAAGUGCAAAACCAGGUCGAACCAGACCAUAAAGUUGUUCUGCGAGUGACUCGCAUGUAUCAACGCUGAAAAAAAUAUAUAUAAAAUAAAAUAAAAAUAAAUAUAUAUAUAAAUCGUCUUCAAAGCGGCGCGUGUGUUAAGUACGUCUUGUUAUGAAUGAGUUCAGUGAGCGAGGAAGGAAUUGAGAAACUGUGAACACACCUUGAUCCACACCGAACUGUUGAUGAUUCGCUGUGGUCAGGUGUCAGUGUCACAGGUGCAUUAGCACUGCACCCGGGAAUACAUGAAGCUGGCGCCGCACUUAACUGUGCUUCUCCAAGCGAUCUAAAACUUGGCUACACUUUUCACCACCACCUGGCUGGCCGUCCACACUUCCAGUGCCUGGUGAGGUGACGGUCGGAAAGACGUAUGGGAAUUUGCUUCAUCGUGGCAGGCCGCACAAGUCAGCUUGAAUGCAAGAAAGACUGAGCAGCGGUAAAGUGCCACCCAGAACACAAGGCCCCACCACCAGGAGCACACACGCUUUGUAGUAUGAGACUGCAAAUGUGAAAUUGUUGACUGGACUCUUGUGUGGCAGGAUGCGGGUGACGGGCGUGGUGGGCGGCUUGUGGGGUGGAGGAGGCGGGGAGGAGGAGGUGGACGUGGAGGCACAGUUUCCCGCCCUCACACCUGGCACGCAGCAUGCAGCACAGCCUCGCUCAGGAGAGACAGAGAAUGGAGGGGAGGGGAGUGGAUCAGAUUCCCAGAGUGAGAGUGGGAUCAGCAGCAGUGGAGGCAGCAGCACCAGCAUCACUGCUCAGAAGCGAAAGAAGUCCAGCAUAGUUGGGUCAUCGGGUCCCCCUCGGCGGGGAAAGAAGAGACGGUCAGGCGUGUCAGCUCGGGAAAGAAAUUUAAGAAGACUAGAGAGUAAUGAGCGAGAGAGAAUGAGGAUGCAUUCCCUCAAUAAAGCCUUCCAGGAGCUCCGGGAAGUCAUCCCACACGUCAAGAUGGACCGGCGGCUCAGUAAGAUAGAGACACUAACGCUGGCCAAGCACUACAUCAUGGCGCUGACCAACACUGUUUGUGAUAUGAGAGGAGAUGAGAAGCCAUACAAAUUUUUAGAAGCAUUUGUCAAUCAGGAAGGACAUCCUGAUGAUGAUGAAGAGGAAGAGGAGGAAGAGGAGGAGGAGGAAGAAGAAGAGAUGGAAGAAAUCAACAAUAAUGGUCUUACACAAGUCCUAUAAUUGCUAAUUUUCCACCCAGAAAAUUUGGUAAGAGGGGCCAAGUAUUAACUAAAAUUCCAUUAAGUUAAUUUUUGCUAUAGAAACACAAAAUACGUAUGUAUUGUCAAGUGACUGUACUGAAGUGUUGUAGGUCUGUCUGUACAGUAGUGCUGUGAUCACACAGCAGUUUCAAGUGCUCACACAUGUUGCUUUGAUUUUAUUCUCCAGUAUGUUGUUGAAGCCUUUUUCUCUCACUGUAAACCUUCAUUUUACGCAUUAUUUGCCGUAUUUCUUUGAAAAUGUGAUUAGUCAUUAUUUCUGAUUUAUUUAAUAUUUAAAAGUAUUUUGCUUCUAAGUUUCUUUUUUAUUUUGCAUGUAUUUCAAAUGUCUGAAAUAUUUGAUAUGGACUCAGUAUUUUUGUAUGGAAUAGAUAACUUGCAGUAACAACCAGAAGUUUAAGUACAACAAACAUCUGAGUGUGUUUGUUUGAAUUAUCAUUGUAAAAUAAACUUUUUAUAAAUAAUCACCAAAAUCAAGUCAAAAUUCUGCAGUAAGUCUCACUUUUUAGGAUUGCCAUUUCCUUUUCUCUAGAGCAGAACCAUACAGGAUUUUGCUGUACAUAUGCUCACAAAUGUGCUAAAUUCAAAUCUUAGAGUUCUUCCAUCUCUUGUCUUAAAAGCCAUAGCUUGACAAAAUUCAUACUCUUGAGGAAUAAUAAAUGCAGAAUAUAGCAAACACAUCUGACAAGAAUUACCUUUUAUGAGAAUUGCUUGCCACUUUUUUUUUCAUAUUGGAGGAUUAAGAUACUUCAGUGUUGUUGCUAGUGUAACAAAAACCAAGCUAAAGAUGUGUUCAUUAGAGAUUAGAGCUUGAUGAAACAAAUGUCAUAGUUAGAAGAUAUUUUCAAUUCAAAAGGAAUAGAUUCACUAUCAAACUGCAAGCAUGCACAAUAAUAAUAAUAAUAACAAAGUGUUCAUCUGCACUAGGAAUCAAAAUACUAUACAAACCACAUAUUUUGAUAUUUAUUUUGUAUGAAUUGUGGCAGAGAAUAAGAUUCAAGCAGGAAAGUUUCUUCCUUUUUUUUUUUUUUUUUAAUAAUAAUCUAUUGGCUCAGCCACACACACACACACACACACACACACACACACACACACACACACACACACACACGGGACAGUACGAGCUUAGCUCCUCUCCCAUAUGUCACAACUAGGUAAACUAGGUAAAACUAGGUAAAUACACACACACACACACACACACACACACACACACACACACACACACACACACACACACACACACACACACACACACACACACACACACACAUGAAAUACAGAAGGACCUUUGCUAAUCUUCAUGGAGUCGAACCUAUAAUUCUGCAAACUCGGCAAAACUUUUUAUAUUCUCUGCUGCUGAGCCAGGAUUACCCAAAGAAACCUUGUGAUACACACUAGAAGAGAAUUCAAUGAAGAUUUGUUAGUGAUAUUAGAACCUUCAGUAGUAUUUGAGAGUACAUGGUUUUUAAAAGGUAUAAUGAUUCAUAUAUAAUCUUCCAAGCAUUCAAGAUUUUCUUUAGAAAUUCAUUAUGCUGCUGUAUUAUAUCUAUCUGUCUGCAUGGUUUAAUGUUUUAUACAGGAUUUAGCCAGAACUCAAUUUGAUUUUAAAUCUGACAACCUGAACUUUACAGCAGUUUGAUUUGGCAGCUGUGAUAGUGUUGUUCUCUCUCUGAAGUGAGACUUUCCCUUGUCUGUUCAUGCCAUUAGGUACAUUAGUCCAGAAGGUUUCCUUGCUGUUGGUAGUGUGGUUAAUGCUGUACAUUUUGGAAAUUUACCAUUUUGAUAUAUUGUAUAUAGUUCUUGUGAGUUUUCAUGACCACUACACCUUAAGGCUCAUCAUCAUGAAGUUUUCAUGGCUAUUUAUAGUUCCCUUCACUUCUGCACAAAUCUUGCAUCCUUUAGUAUCAUAAUGAAAUGUUAGCUUCAAGAGUUUUACUUUGAGAAGCUAUAACUAUUGAAUAUACUUGUGGUCAGUCUUUUGUGGUUCUGUUGUGGGCAAUAUAGAUUCAUAUGUAUAUUUAACAUAUUUCCUCAACAAAGAAUAAGAGUGCUCUGCCAUAAGAAAUAUGAAUAAUUUAUUUGUGAGGGUUUCAUGUUAUGAUCAAUUCACUUAUCAUAUUUGCUCCAUACAAAUCAAACUAUCAUUUCAUCUACAGCAACUUUUUAACUUUAUAAGAUCAAUAUUUUACAAAUAAAGAUUUUUCAUACAGUGGUAGGGACACAAAAAUACAAGUGCAGUCUGUUAUAUAACAAAGAAUCUUAAGGAAGCCCACACUGAAAGAUCCUGUUCUCUUUGUGCUCUGAGGAAGUUAAGUAAUUAUGAAAUAUUUCAGGAUGCAAAAUUUACUUUUAUAGGACCUUCUUGCAAUGUCAUAACUUUUGAUAAGACUUCCAAUAUCAUAAAUCUGUUGAAAACUUACCAUAUUAACAGUAUAGUAGAUAAAUCACAUUAUACUAGAAGCAAAGCUCAUUAUGCUGCUGUACUUUGUUGUUAUUAGUCUUUUCAAAGAUCUUGAAAACCAGCAACCUAAGCAUGUUGCAAAUAAGAAACUUGGAUGUUGUAAUUGAAAUUUAAGGAGAGGAAGCAAUGAUAUGAGAACUUGCAUCAAUACAAUUAACCUUCAAAUUGAACAUACAGUAUUUCUCAUGGCUACCAAAUUAGUAGAAAUAGUGACUAUGAUGUUUCAGCUUUCUUAUUUAUUAUAUGAUUAAAAAAAAAGAAAUACUCACAGGUGUCAAAAAGAAAAAAAACGAAAUAUCUGUUUACAAUACAAUUAGUUUACUUUUUCUUAUUUUAAUGAGAAUUUCUGACUUCAAAGCCCAAUUGAAACUGCUCUUGGUCUGAUGACCAAUGCCAUGUAAAAGUAUACUUAUAUAAAAGUGGCACAUGUAUUCAUGAACAUUUCAAAUGUAUAUGUGUCAACCUCAGCAGUCAAAUACAACUAUCAAAAUUGUAGGUUAUUGUCAAUGCACACGUAUUUGUUGUAUAAUAGAUAUGAAUAUUUAUUGUUUCAUACAAGUUAGGAAAACAUUCAGUAUGUAUAUCAAAUGCAGUUAAAAGGAUUGCCUUUGAAAUAAUGAGAGUGAAAUGCAAACACACACACACACACACACACACACACACACACACACACACACACACACACCACACACACACACACACACCACACACACCACACACACACACACACACACACACACACACACACACACACACACACACACACACACACACACACACACACACACACACACCACACACACACACAUGAUAUGUGUGUGUGUGUAUUGAGUGUGUCAGACCAAAAGUAUUAGACAUGUAGUGGGAGAUGCGCUGUUGGUGGCAAGCAUUGCUCCUGGCUUGGUGCUGGAUAGGUCCAGAAGUGUGGAAAGACAAGGUUCUUUGUUUGAACUUUGUGUGUGAAAUGACUGUUACAUGGCAUUCCUUCAAGUGAUUGGAAUUAUUGCCAGUAGUCUUUUCAAUGUACUGAAAUUAUGUAAUAUAUGAAAAGACAUUGCGGUAUAGUGAUGUUGAUUUGAGAGUUGUGGAACAUGGAUGAUUUUAUUCUAGAAAUAGAAUUGUUGUACAUUAUAGUCAUUAAGUAUGAUAUAUGAAUGCUAAUUGGUAGCUACUGCAAGUUUCAUGAGCACUUACUUUAUCAUUAUCAUAUUCAUCACAUCACCAAAUAUAAACUUUUCAAAAAAAUUUAUAUUAAUCCUCAUGAUCAUUGUCAUUAUUAGCAUUUGUGAUUCACAUUAAGAAAAAGGCUUUCCAUUUUCAUUCUCAGUAUAUAUGCUAGUACGUCUGUACAUUAGAAAUUUUUGUAAGUACCUAAGUGUCUUUUGCUGCGGCUAAUUCACUUCCAUCUGAAAAAAAUAUUUCACAUGUGGUGCACUACUUUGUGGAAGUAAUUGUUGAGAUAUUUGUUACUGGAGCUGUGAACUAGAUCAUACACACACACACACACACACACACACACACACACACACACACACACACACACACACACACACACACACACACACACACACACACACACACACACACACACACACACAAAUUCCAGUAAGUAUUUCACGACAUGAGAAUAUUGGAUAUCAGAUACCUUCUUGGUGUGUGUAAAAAAAGAGUUUUCAGUAGCCUCUGUAAUGUUGUUAUGAAGAAGCAAGCAGACUUAUUUCCUGCCAUAUAUAUAUAUAUAUAUAUAUAUAUAUAUAUAUAUAUAUAUAUAUAUAUAUAUAUAUAUAUAUAUAUAUAUAUAUAUAUAUAUAUAUAUAUAUAUAUAUAUAUAUAUAUAUAUAUAUAAUGUAUGUAUGUAUAUGUAUAUAUUAUUUUCCAUAUGUUAAGUAGCCAUAGCUUUGCUGGGUGGACACAAAAGAUAGCUAGAUACAGAAUUAUAUUGCAUUUUUCUAUGAGGAAAAUAUUGUGUCUACAGCAGCCUUUAGCCUUUCACUCUAGUACUUGUACCUAAGAUGUGUAAAAUUUAUCUUUGGUUGCUCUCUUCCUUCACUGGUUGUGGUGGAUGCUCUGGUUUGAAUGACUAGUGGUAGUAGAAAUCACAUAUUUGUAUGUAAGAUUUCACUUGAAUACAAAUGACUUGCAGAAAAUAUAGGGAAAUAUAAUGAUCAUUAGAAUGCCAUGUCCAUGAUCUCUUUGUUUGUCUGGAUAUGAAAGUUAUUGCAUAUAUAUAUAUAUAUAUAUAUAUAUAUAUAUAUAUAUAUAUAUAUAUAUAUAUAUAUAUAUAUAUAUAUAUAUAUAUAUAUAUAUAUAUAUAUAUAUAUAUAUAUAUAUAUGAAGGAAUUAAAAGUGCAAUUAGUGUGAUGACUGCAAAAUUUAGAUAUAGAACAUAUAUUUUUAUGAUACUUGGCAUUAAAUCUGGCUUGAUAAUGUCUUCCCAAUGUAUACAUAAGCCUUAACCACUGCUAAAAAAAAAAUAAAUAAAACAUUGUUUAGAUAUGGUGUCAAAUGUUUUAGAAAUUUUAUUCUUGCAAAUUAACAUUUUCAACAUUUGAAUGGUAACCAUUAACAUAUAUUUAAUACAUGAAAUGUUUAAAUCUUUCAUUCAAAAAAUGGAAAUGGCUGGUUGAGACACUGUGCUGUUUAGCUUCCAAGUAUUUCCUGACCUUUGCUAUGAGCAGCAGGUGGUUACAGGUUUGUAUUCAUAGUAUUAUAUCAGAGUAAUAUAUUUUGUAUUUUAAGAUCUUUGCCUCACAGACAACCAAAGACAAGAAAAUAUUGGAAAUGAGAAUUAUUACUAGAGAAAGAUUUAGGUAAUCAGUUGAUAAAAUCAUUAGCACAAGAAAGAAAGGUCUUUAUGGCAGAGAGAACAUUGCAAAGUUAAUAUAUUGAAGAUUAAAGAUUUUUAUCUUUGUAAUAAAAGUGACUGAUACUG